AUGAUCAAGUCCAAGUCGUUUCUAUCCAUGACGUGCUUGCUGAAGGACACCCGGCGGCCUUUGAGCGCCAAACUGGAACCCAUCAAAAUGUCUUACACCUCAUACGAGUCGGCCGCCGACGGUGGCCGAAAACCGCCGAUCAUCAUCAUGCACGGUCUGUUCGGCUGCAAGUCCAACUGGAACAGUCUGUCCAAAACCCUCCACAACAUGACCCACAGAAAAGUAAUUACUGUUGAUGCACGGAACCAUGGAGACUCACCACAUACUUUAGAGCAAUCAUAUCAGCUUAUGGCUGAAGAUGUUAAAUUUUUAAUGGAAGACUUAGGUGUGGAAAAGGCUUCAUUGAUUGGUCACAGCAUGGGUGGCAGAACAAUGAUGUACUUAGCAGUCAUCUAUCCAGAACUUGUGGAAUCCUUAAUACCAGUUGAUAUAUCACCAAUAAACAGCAAAGAAGUGAGUGAUAUCCAAAGUGUUAUAGAUGUCUUAAGAGGUGUUAAUUUAGAAGUUAAUGGACCUAUAUCAAAAGUUCGGAAAUUGGCAGAUGAACAUAUGAAAAGUUCGAUAGAGAGUCCAAUACUUCGACAGUUCCUCCUAACCAAUCUUAUCGAAGUGAACCAAAAAUACAAAUGGCGUAUAAAUUUGGAAUCCAUCAAUGCUAAUUUCAAAAAUAACCUUGCAGUGUUUCCACCUAUUGAAUCAACAUAUGAUGGUCAAACAUAUUUCAUUGGAGGCGGAGAUUCAGUUUUUUUGAAACCGACAGAUCAUGAAGCCAUCAAACAGAUAUUUCCUUCCGUUAAAUUUGAUUAUAUACCUGGUGCUGGUCAUUGGUUACAUGCUGAAAAACCUAAUGAGUUUUUAAAAUUAGUCACACAAUUUUUAGCUACUGUGUAG